ACCGCGCGUCGCGAAAGUACGCGCUCGGACUUAACGAAAAAAAACCUUUUUAUUUUAUUAGUUUUAAUUGUCUGUGGUUUGUGUUUAUUAACAUGGCGUGCCCUAUGAGAUCAGUGAUCGAUGAAUCAGCGGGGCAAGAUGGGGCGUGCCUCGGCAACGAAGCCGGUAUGCUGUACGGCGAAUAUCUCAUGCUGGACAAGCUGCUUACAGCCCAGAGGAUGCUCAGCGCUGAGGGCUCGAAGACAGUCCACGAUGAGCACUUGUUCAUCGUUACCCAUCAAGCGUACGAGCUCUGGUUCAAGCAGAUCAUCUUCGAGGUGGACUCGGUACGAGCACUGUUGGACGUCGAAGGGCUGGAUGAGGGGCACACCAUGGAUAUAUUGAAGCGGCUCAACAGAGUCGUCCUCAUUCUUAAGCUCCUGGUGGACCAGGUAAUGAUCCUGGAGACGAUGACGCCGCUGGACUUUAUGGACUUCAGGCACUACCUGCGGCCAGCGUCAGGUUUUCAGAGUCUGCAGUUCCGUCUACUAGAGAACAAGCUUGGCCUGAAGCAAGCGCUACGCGUGAAGUACAAUCAGAACUACCAGUCAGUCUUCGGAGACAACCCCGAAGCAAUGGAACAACUACACAAGUCUGAACAAGAGCCAGCACUACUGGCGCUGAUCGAGCGCUGGCUGGAGCGCACGCCCGGCCUCGACGCCCACGGGUUCAAUUUCUGGGGGAAGUUCCAGGCCACUGUCGACAACAUGAUUAAAGAGGACAUCGUUGCUGCUAUGGAAGAACCUAACGAGGUGGUCCGUCACCACCGCCUGCAGGACGCGGAGAACCGCCGCGAGAUCUACCGAUCCAUCUUCGAUCCGUCCGUGCACGAUGCUCUACGAUCUCGGGGGGAGAGACGACUGUCCCACAAAGCGCUACAAGGCGCCAUCAUGAUCACGUUUUACCGCGACGAGCCUCGCUUCUCGCAGCCGCAUCAGCUUCUGACACUGCUGAUGGACAUGGACAGUCUUAUCACCAAGUGGCGAUACAACCACGUGAUAAUGGUACAGCGUAUGAUAGGGUCGCAGCAGCUUGGCACGGGUGGUUCUUCAGGCUACCAGUACCUCCGCUCCACGCUCAGCGACCGCUACAAAGUAUUUCUGGACCUCUUCAACCUAUCAACAUUCCUACUUCCUCGCUCUCUCAUCCCACCUCUGGACGACGGUAUGAAGCGCAGCCUCAACUUGGCCUGGGGACAGGCUAAUGGCAACGGAAACGACGACCAGAACGGCCUUGAAGAAACCUUCAAGUCUUUAUAGGGGUAGCCCUGUAUAAGUAGGUUAAGUUUUUAGAUUGAAACCUUGGUAAGGCUACAAGGACAGCUCCAGUGUGGGCCUAAAUUAACAUCUUAGUUAACCUAAUGGGUAAGCAAUUUAAUCGGGAAAGGCCAUGACCAUGCUUUGUGUAUAAGUACUUAUAUAGCCCGUCGACCAACAAUGUUGGGUCUACAGUGUGGUACCCAACCUAGUACCUGUACCUGGUAUCCAAAGUACCUGGUAACCAACAGUGUUCCUGAACCUCUUCAACCUACCCAUGUUCUUCCUGGCGCGCUCUCUUUUCAAGUCUUUAUUAUAGGAGUAAAUCCUAGUUGAGUAGGAUACGUUUUUUAUUAAUAAAUGACUUCGUAAGGUUACAAAUAAUCAGCCAGGAAAGGCUAUGACCACCAUUUGGGGCAAUAAAAACAUUUGAAGAUGAAGAUCGGCAAAAACCCCAAAAGCUCUUUUAGGUAUAACCCAAGAUAAAGUAAGUUUUUAGACAUUUUUAUGGUAUUUUUAUUGCCUGUCACAUAGAAAACAAAAGGUACCUGAGUACGAGGCACGAGCUCAUCAUUAUAGAGUAGAGUUGUAAUAGUUAUUUGUGCAACAAGAGAGGAAAGUUGGUUUUUCUUGCGAGUGUUUAUUUUAGGUCCCGAAAAAGCGAAAGAUUUUAAAUUUGAAUCACGAGCGAAGCGAGUGAUCUAAGUUAGAAUCUUGAGCGUAGCGAGGGACUCAAAAACACAAGAUGUAAAAUAACUUUGCUCUCGUGUUGCACACAUAAUUUUUCACCUCAGUAGUGAGAACAUAUUAAAGGUUAAAAUGUAUUUCGAAUUACAAAGAAUAAUACAGAAAAAAGAACGAAUUUGUAAUAGAAGUAUGAAGUGGCAGUUCAUGGCCUUCAGUUCACUAAAUGAAAAAGCUACUUUGUUUCACUCCCUGGAGUGAGGAAAGUCGCACUUUCCUCACUCCAGGGAGUGACGAAAGUAGGCUUGUUCGAGCUGCUGAGGUGAAAAAUAAUUCACCAAAUCGCGUUUAAGUAGUAGUCCAAUGAGUAAUUUAGAAGACUUAGAGAUGAUGAGUCGCAAUAGUUUAACAAAGUAAAAAACAUUAUAUGCGGCUAACUAUCUUAUUAUCAUAUAUUAUAGGUAUGUAAUUUUCAUAUAUCAUUAUUUAAUAAAAUCAAGUAUAAUGCAUUUAAAAUACAUUAUUCUCCAGUGUUACAAUAAUCUUAAGUUUAAAUAAUGAUUAAUCUUAAUUUUGUUAUUUUAGUAUAUUUUACAUAAUAAACACCAUUUCUUAUU